AAUUUGAUGACUCACACCGAACAAUUAAUUCUGAUUAACAUGAGCAAGAAUCAAUCCUGAUUUUCAAAGAGCGCGCUCAUUUCCGAUCACCUGUUUUGUUACCAAAACAAAUAAAUUGUUGAUUUAAACCAAAUUGAUUAAAGAAGAUGAGCCAAAGUCCAAUUCAGUUAUUUUGUUGAUGUUGUUUGUAGGUUUAUUGUUGAUAUUUGUUAAUUUUUUAACCUCUUUUACCCAUGGAUUUUAGACGUCAUUCUAUCCAAUCAUUAAAAUCUAUUAAAUCAACAAAAUCUUCCAAAGAAAUUCAAUCCAAGAAUCUUUUGUUUGGCAAGAAUUGGUUUGACAUUUAUCUCUCUUACCAGAAAUCAAUAUUACCCAUUGAUGAAUCUUCUUUCACACUUGACAUUCUCCGUGAUUUAUUUGAUGAAGAAGUUAACGAUGUAAUCAAGUUACACCUUCUCUCCCUAUUGGAGCAACAUUUCUGGUUAAUCUCAGACUCUGAAAAGUUGGAACAAACAAUCGGCUCGUUAAUCAACAUAUUCCAGUCCAGCAAAUCUAGUGAAAUCGUCAAAUGCAAAUAUCUUUAUACUUGUACCGUUUUAUGGACAUGCCAGUUUGAUCUAGUUGCCGAUUCAUUACAGAAUCUACUGAAGAGCUUUGUAAAAACUUUGGUGGUUUUAUCAAAUAUAAAAGAGAAGAAAAAUCUCUCCAAUGCUGCUUGUCAAUGUUUAAUCCAAUUGGAAGAUUUCAAACCAGGAAUUAUAUUUAAUUAUGUGCCCGAUGCCACAAUCCCUCGUAAUCAUCCGACUUUAUUGUGCCUUCUAUUGAAAAAUGGUUCUUCAUUCGAUCCAACCAUAAUUAAACAGCUGAUUGGUAGUUUACCUCGUUACAAUACUGAUCCUUAUCGUUUACAUACAAUAUUGAACUACCUGUUGGAAUUGAUUGAAUCCAAACGACAGGCGAUAUUAACACCUCUCAUCUUCAAGCAGUUUCUUCCGCUUUUCAUUCAUUCAACUGAAUCAUUUCAUCUUCAUUUCUCUCUACUUUUAUUGCGAUCUUUUGGCUUGGAACUAUUUUCCACUAAUGAGGAAUUAGGAUUAUUACAUAGAUUAAUUAGUCUCUGUGCUCAUCCCUCACUGGUGGUUGCUCAUCGUCUUUUGUUUCUCGAUUUUGCUAAGUCACUAUUGCCGAUUUUACGAUCUUCUCAUUUGGCUGAUCAUCGUCUCUUUGCCUUAACUCCCCUUGAUGGACCAGAUACUCAAGAAAAGAAACUGAUGAUUCUUUGUCAAACAGAUAUUUCCGAUAUUGACCUGAUUUCUAACCUCAAAUCCAUCGGAAAUUUUAAUGGACAAAAGGUGAAUCGCCGGUCAACAAAUGCUCUCUAUCGUCAACUUUAUUUCUUUCUAACUGUAAGACCUGAACUUCAGUCGUCAAUUGAAGGUUUUCUGAUUCAUCUUAUGCUGACCAACCCAUCGCUUCAUAUUCCUUAUGCGUUGUGCCUUCUCGAUCGAUUACCGGUUCUUUCGGCUCAUGUAUCAUCAUCUCUAAUCUCUAAAUUAUUAGACAUGACAACAUUACCAAGUGAAGAAGAAAAAUCUCACCUGAAAGAAUAUUUUCUCGCAAUCAAAUGGAUUCUCCGUCAACCUCGAAAACUAUUGGACUCGGAAAAAAUGAUCGCCAUUUUAACCUUUUGCUAUAAAGCAGCGAAACAAUUUCCAUCCAUGUGUAAAGAUUUACUUGCAAUAAUCGCAGUUGUGAUUCGUCAUCAAACAAUUGAUGAAAAUCUGAAAAAUUUACUCAAUGAGAUUCUUAAUCUAUUGAUGGCAAACAAAAAUCGUGUUACAAUUUCAAGUUGGUCACAAAUUUACUCGAUCGCUUUAAACACAUUACCAAGUCAAGAAAAUCUAAGGAAAGUUUUCUGUGAAGAAAUUUCUGAAGAUGAUGAAUCGCCAUUACUGAUUUUCGAUCCAAAAUCAAGUUCCAUUCCGUUGACAAUUCAUGAGAUUAAAUGUAGACCAGAACCAGUAGAUAUCGAAUGUCUAACACCAAUCACAAUUCCAUACACACUCAAGGUUUCAUUCAAUACAAUUUCCAUGGACGAAGAGAUAAUCCAGAAAUUAUUCGCCAUAGAAAUCAGAUUAACCUGUUCAUCUCAAGAAAUUGAUUCGAUAAUUAAUAUCCCGGUUUUAAAGAAAAACGAUUUCAAAGUCUACCAACUCAAAUUAGCUCCAAAUCGAGUUAAACCAUUUACCCUAAAUUGUGAUCUUCGUUUCGGUGAUACAAACGGUGUUACUUACUGUUGUCCACAAUUUAGCAGUGAAAUUUUUUCAUUUGAAAGAUUCAUGAUUCCACUGAAAUGUAAUGAAAAUCAAUAUGAUUCCAGUUGGAAUGGUUUACUCAAGCAACUUGAUUGUCACCUAACUGUCCAAUGUUUCCCUAAUUACAAUGAUUUGGAACAAUUUCUAACAGACAAUGAACCAUUUAAAGAUUAUCAAAUUGCACCAGGAAAAUUUGCCAUCGGUGUUGCUCCCAAUAAAUUACUUCUCAUCCGAUCAAUAAUUGUCAAUGGUAACCUUAAUUUCCGGAUGCUCACCAAUUUGGAUAAAAUAUUAAAAUAUCUUUACUAUCUAUUCAAACAGAACAAUUAACAACUACAAUCUAAUCAACAUUAUACCAACAAUUAUAUCAUGAAACGAAAAACAAAUUCACAAUUUUUUAUCAACUUUUUACUUGUUAAUCAAAAUAAAAUAAUUUUCUGACCAA